AUGGAGUUUACGAAAAUAAAUAACUUCAAUUUAGGACAUAACAAACUAGACAGUUUUGAUAGAAAUACGCCACCUUCUAAAAAGCAGAAGUUAUCCGAUAACUUUGAAAGAUCUACGUCCUUGACUUUACGUUUGAAUGCUCUGGAUGUUAAUAAUUUUAAGACUCCGCAAUCACAUCAAGUAAAUUGUUAUAGAAAUUUAGCUUAUUUCCUUGGUAAUCUCAUUGAUGGGACGAUAAACGAUGGCGUAAAGAUUCAUACGUUGCAAGCAAACGUCAGAGAUUUAGUGAGGAUUUAUGAUAAAUCUAGUGAAUUGUAUACUUCCAUUCAGAGGGAAAUACGUAGAGGCCUUGCAGUCUUGUCACCGAAGUCAUUCAAUUAUGAACGCGGUCAUUUCAUUAAGAAUGUUGUCGAUAUUUGGAAUAAAGUAGACAAUUGGAUGAGGAUUAUUAGAUACGUCUUCGCUGAUUUAGAUAGACUCUACGCAGCUAAACAGGCUACAGUUGAUAGCCUUAAGGAUUCAAUAGAACGACUUUUUAAAGAUAUCAUACUCAGUAAUGGAGAAGUUCGCCAGAUCUUAUUGACUGAUUUGAGUACUUGUCUUGGAAAAGUUCGUGAACCGUUACACACUCUCAAGGAAGAUAAUGAGGUGGCUAUCUCGGAGAUUAUUGAAAGUUCUAUUAAUUGUAAUGAAGUUAAUCAAGUUCGUGAAUUAUUCCGAAUUGCGAAGAACUUGGACUGGGAAGUCGACACCAUUACUUCUGUAUAUUUGGAUACUAUGGAGGUGGUUAUACGUGAUAUAUGUCACCAUGCUAUCAAAAAUGACACACAUGUUAACAAAAUUAUUGGGAAGAUAUGCCAACAUCGCCUCUAUGAGGACACCAUUAGCAAGUCUAUUGAUAGUAAUUUCAGUUGGGAUAAUUUUGAAUUUAUAGCAAAGAAUUACCUCAGUUUAACAUUCGAAGAGAUUGUUAAAAAGGGCGUUGAUGAUAUUAUCCCUUACACUUGGACGAAAUCCAGUGCUAGUAGAAAUGUAUUCAAUUAUGACGAAAUCCCAUCUACUACCUAUCCAGAUACAGGAACAAUGAAGAGUUUACAUGAUAUAGCAAGUAGAACGGAUUAUAAGGAAGAAUUAGAUAGGGUUCUUCUUGAAAGAAUCUACAAUGUUAUAAAGACAUUUGUUUCAGAUGAAGAGAACGAUCAAUAUCUUAUCAUUACUCUCAUAGGUACAUUAAGAGAGCUAAAUAAAUUCUAUAAAGAAGUUUACCAAACUAAAUCACUUACUGCAAGUUAUUCGUUAUAUAAAGAGUCAUUCGAUAGAGGAUUACAAUUUAGAGCUAACAAACCAGCUGAAAUGAUAGCAAAAUUCCUCGAUAACUUACUCAAAGAUAAGCGAGGUCAAGGUGAUAAUAUGGACAAACUUGUCGAUGGUGCUGUAGAACUAUUCCGUAUUGUCAAAGAUAAGGAUAUGUUUUCAGCUUUCUAUACACUUGCUUUGGCUAGGCGUUUGGUCAAGAGCACGACGGCAUCUAAUGACAAUGAAAGGAAUUUGAUAUCGAGGAUAACGAAAGUAGCUGGAAAUGAUUUCACGCAGAACUGGGAAGAAAUGAUGAAAGACGUCGAGAUAUCAGAAGAGCUUUCUAACAAAUUUAGAGAGCAACAAACAUCUGAGUGUCGAUUGCAGAAAGCCAACAUCGUGCAAGCUGCCAGAUGGCCUUUCAAAGGACAGCAUUUGUCAUUGAAAUUGAAGGAUCUGGCUGAUAAAGAUGCAUCUGAGAUUGCGAAACAGGCUAAUUUAUCACAAGGAAAUAUCGUUUUACCGCAAUGGAUGACAGAGGAACUUGUAGAAUUUACGAAAUAUUACGAAGGCGUUCACGCUAAACGCUGCCUUACCUGGAAUCACUCCCUCGGUGAGGUUACCUUGUCGAGCGAAUUCGAAACGCCAAAUGGGGAGUACACGAACAAAGAGAUUAUAAUGCCGCUACCUGCUUCACUCAUAUUAAUGGUGUUCAAUGAGAAAGAAGAUAAUGAGAAGGUUAGUUACGAGGAGAUACAGCAGAGUACUGGAUUACCUGAUGGGGAGUUGAAGAGAAUGUUACAAUCUUUGGCAUUUGGUAAAACGAAACUACUACAGAGGUAUAAAAAGAAGGACGGAGGUGCGACUAAGAAAGACAUUGAACCAACUGAUAAUUUCGUUGCUUCUAAGAUAAUCGACCAUCCAAGAAAGAGGUUUAGGCUACCAAUAAUAACAGCCGAAGUAGAUGUUGAAGAAUCGAAGGAGACGACGGCUGAGGUAGAGUCAGCAAGAGUAUUCGCAUUACAAGCAUCUGCUGUUAGAAUACUCAAAGCAAAGAAAAGAAUAAACGUGAAUGAAUUAAUACACGAAGUUAUUGGUGAUAUUGCGAAGAGGAUGACGCUCGAGAAUGAGACCGGGUUGACACGCCAGAUCAAACAAACAAUAGAGGGUUUGAUAGAGAAGGACUACGCUGAGAGGGUGGAAGGGAACAGGAAUAUGUUGGAAUAUGUUGCUUAGAAGUUGCCUAGAAGUUGAUAUUAACGAGGGCAGUCGAGGAAGAAAAGGAGACGGGUGGUUAUUGUAUAAUAAAUAUUGAAUAGUAAUAGUCUAAAUAAAUAAAUAAAUAAUUUAUAAAUUAU